CGGUGGGCUUGGCUCUGCGCGCGCUACGCGUCAUGACUGAAAUCUGAGGCGGGUUUAAAAGGCUUUGAGGAGAGCCACAGACAGACGAGGAGAGACAUUUGGAGAUCUGGGGUGCACAGGCAUUAGAUCUUCUUGUUUCGAGACGCUUUAAGCCAAAGCAACUCUGUUAUCUCCUUGAAUAAGUCUGGGUCAAGAGCAAAUGGAGAUUUAUAAAUUUAUAGUUUAUAAUUCAACCCUUGUGGGCUUUAAAUCUCCAACCAUUUGGUGUCUAACACAGAUAUUUAACCACCAGGUUUAAUCUGCAGCUUAGCAGAGCAUCGCGCAACGGGACACCGGCGUUUCCAUUUACGCACGUCGUUCGCCCGCGUUUUAACGCGUGGUACUGUUGUUAUUCGUGACGAAUCUUAAAAUGGGACACCUGAGCAACGCAUCGCACCCGGUAAACUCCACCGACCCGUUCGGACGCGACGAAGAAGUCGCGAAAAUCGAGAUCGCGGUGCUGAGCGUCACCUUCGCGGUCGCCGUGAUCGGGAACUGCAGCGUGCUGGUGGCCAUCCACAACACCAAGAAGAAACCCUCCCGCAUGCAUCUGUUCAUCAAACACCUGAGCCUGGCAGACCUGGUGGUCGCGUUCUUCCAGGUCCUCCCGCAGCUGUGCUGGGAAAUAACCUUCCGUUUCUACGGCCCGGACUUUCUGUGCAGGAUCGUCAAGCACCUGCAGGUGAUGGGCAUGUUCGCGUCCACUUACAUGAUGGUCAUGAUGACUCUAGACCGCUACAUCGCCAUCUGCCACCCUCUGAAGACCCUCCAGCAGUCCACCCGGAGGUCCCACAUCAUGAUCGCGGGCACGUGGAUCAGCAGUCUGCUCCUCAGCACCCCUCAGUACUUCAUCUUCUCCCUCAGUGAGAUCCAGAACGGCUCUGAGGUGUACGACUGCUGGGGUCACUUCAUCCAGCCCUGGGGAGUCCGCGCGUACAUCACCUGGAUCACAGCGGGGAUCUUCCUCAUCCCGGUCAUCAUAUUAAUGACCAGCUACGGAUUCAUAUGCCACAGCAUCAGGAUGAACAUCAGAUAUAAGACCAAGAAGACGCCGGCGGACGGCGCGCACAAGAACGGGCUGAUCGGGAAGAGCUCGGUGAGCAGCGUCACCACAAUCUCCAGAGCGAAGCUACGCACCGUCAAGAUGACCUUCGUCAUCGUCCUCGCGUAUAUCAUCUGCUGGGCGCCGUUUUUCACCGUGCAGAUGUGGUCGGUGUGGGACAAGAACUUCAGCUGGGAUGAUUCGGAGAACACGGCCGUCACUCUGUCUGCGCUGCUGGCCAGUCUGAACAGCUGCUGUAACCCGUGGAUCUACAUGGUUUUCAGCGGACACCUCCUGCAGGAUUUCGCUCACUGCUUCCCCUGCAGCCACAAGAUCCAGCAGAGCUUCCGGAAGGAGGAUUCGGACAGCAGCCUACGGAGAACCACGCUGCUCACCAAGAUCGCCAACUGCAGCCCCACGUGUAGCUCGGGCACCUGGAAAGAGUUCGAGCAUUCACCCAAAACCAGCAGGGCGGCCCCGGCCGAGACGUGACGCAGCCGGCCCCCGGGAAUCUGACUUUGGAAACAGUGGGAACAUAGAAAAUGCCGUAAAUCUCUGUGGCACAAUGAGUCCAGCGAGACAUUUCCUGUGAUAAGCGUCUACUUAAGCCCGGCGCUGGGUUUAUUUUGGCCCCGAGUGUGCGACCCUCGUGCCAAAGUAAACCAGACACCUGCUGCCCGGGACCGAGCCGAGAGCGAGCUGAUCGCUGGAAGCAAAAUAUAUCAGUUUCCAGACAAUAAAUGAAUGCUGCUCUAAAUAAAACAUAGGAAACAGUCUGCCUUAUGAAAUAUUACUGGGCAUGAGCUUCGUUCUAUAAAUGAAUGUUUUCACAUGGCCAAGCAUGUCUUUACUGGUCAUCUGUCAGGUUUGGACAGUUUUAAUAAACAUAUACUGAGAAAUGCUAAGAGUUAAUGCUGUUUAUGUAUAAAUGAAAGUUGUAAAUAAAUGACAAAUAACAGGAUAUCUUUAUAGUGACAGAUGGUCUAUAUUUGUUUGUAUAUGUUUAGGUUUUUUUUUUUUUUUAAUGAUAUGCUAAGCAAUGGAAGCCUGUUUCUGCAUGGAAUAAAAACAAAAAAAUGUGACUUUUUAUCUCACAGUUCACACUUUUGUUCUCACAGUUUUGAGAAUUGUGAGAUAUAAACUCAUAAUUAUUAUUUUUUUCUCGUAAUUCUGCAUUUGUAUCUCCCAGUUCUGACUUUUGUCUCAGAAUUCUGUAUUUAAAUCUUGAAAUUCAAAUUUUUUCCUCAGAAUUCUAAAUUAGUUUUUCCACAAUUAUGACUUUAUUCCUCAGAAUUCUGAGUUUAAUAUCUCACAAUUCCACACCUUUUCCUCACAAGUUUAUAUCCUGGAAUUCUGACUGAAUAUCUCACAGUUGUGACUCUUUUUCUCUCAAUUCAGAGUUCAACUUAUAUCUUAAGUUGAAGACCUUUUUAUUCCAUGUUUCCACAAUGGAAUAAAAAAAUUACAAAGAUAAUGGUGUGUUCAUAUCAGUUUAUAUUUGCAAAGUUUUUUUUUUAUUUUUAUUUUUUUAAGUCCAAAUUUUGACAUAAAAAGUCUCAACUGGGCUUCCAAACUCAGCAUGGUUAACUGCCAACUUUAUAUGUGUUGCACCUCUCACAAAUGUCUCGGUGUACUUGUGUACCAAAUCCAAUAAAUCAAACCUUCAUGAAAUAUUAGUUCUGCAUCUGUGUUAACAAAAGUGUUUUUAGCAACCGAGCCGUUUCUAGCACUGUCUGCUGUUUAAAUGCAACUUCAUACCACAUAAACAACUGCGCAUUGAAUUUGUUAUUAGCUUUUUAAUAUCGUUUGGAACAACUUUCCAAGUAGCCUGACUGAAAAUCAUUGGGAGAGUCACUAACCAGCUGUCUAACUGAGGGAAUUGGUAGUUUAGUGAAAGAUCGAGUGUGUUCCAUUAGCAGCACUAAAAAAAAAGCAAAAAAGCGGACUAAUUCUUGUUUCUUCUCUGCACUUCAUCACAAGUUGCACAAUGCAAAUUGCCUAGUAGGAUCUUUCCAAACAUCCCAUAAUAGCUUGAGAGUUUCCUGUUUGUUUCCUGUUUGAGGACACACGUCCUCUCCUGCAUUAACUAACCUUCUCCUCUCCAGUCUGUGAGCAGAGGCCAAACAGCUGCUGUUUGCAUACGUGUGUGUGUGUGUCUGUGUGUGUGUGUGUGUGUGCGUGUGUGUGUGUGUGUGUGUGUGUGAGAGAGAGAGAGAGAGACUUACAGCCUCCAAAGUUUCUCACAUCACCAACGGAACAAAUUAUGCCGGAUCGUGCUCCAUGUAAAUGAUCUAAGUUGUUGUGUUUCUGAGAGAUGUGAGGGUGUUGGAGACAUGUGAUGUAAAAACCCCAAAACACAUUGUGCUUUUGUGAUCGCUUCCAUGAAAUCCUCCCAGCUGAAAAAUACAACAACAGCCUAAAACAAUCAGGUUUGCUGCUCUUAACUGGUUUAAACUGGUUUCC